GCUGGGAGGGGCUAUGACCCUCAAGAAAAGCCACUCACCAAUUUUGCCCCACCGGCAUGAAGAGCCCCUCUCCCCUUCUGACCACUCACGGCAGCAACAGCGGGGGGGAGAUCCGUGAACUCGAUGAAGUUGAGGCUCAAGACGUCCCUUCUGAUGAAGUGUACCCCACCAGUUAUCCCAGUGACUCCCAAGUUCUCCAAGAUCUGCCAGUCCCUGAGUCAAGAUGUUCCUCUUCGCCAACAAAACCAAGACCCCCAUCAGCACCUACACGGACUCCUACAGGGCUCCGAAUACCAUGAAGAAGGCCUACGAUGAGGCUCCGUUGGCCCUGUGGAGUGAAAACAAGUUCCUGACGCAGGGCUUGAGCGUGCCCAGAAUCGACCACCCGAUAGACCAAAACCGCCUGGAGAAUAUGGUGAAGAAGGCAGUGCAGGAAUACACCUAUAAGAACUGCAUAGACCCAACAGCUUACCGGCCGUACAAAUAUUGGGUGACCAGGGAGGAAGAGAGGUUCAACCCAGUCUUCAUCGGUGACAACAGGUACGCAACGUGGAGAACGGGGCCCUACAACAGCGCGGCGUGGAAUCGAUACACCACAUACCUUCCACGGAUCCCUCGGGAGGCUGGGUUAGAGUCAAUCCUUCGCGGGAUGCCCAUGCAAUACCCUCCGAAACCAGAGCGUCUCAACAAUUACGAACGGGAAGUGGUGGUGAACAUGUUGAACAGCUUGUCUCGGAAGCAGCUUCCAUCCAUACAGCACCGUUACACUAUCCCGGGAAGGAUGCCUUAUCAGGGCUACUACAGCCCCUGCACGGGACGCCAUUACUGCUUGCGAGGGAUGGACUACUACGUCGACGGGGCGCCCACCAACGAGCGACAGAUCAGCCAGCUAGUUGAGAAGAUUGUAAGGAAUUUCCCGUACUACGACCACCACCACGAGAUGACUCUUUGUGCACGAAUGCCCGACCUGCCGCCUGGUUUCCCGUAUAUGAACCUUAGGUGGGAUACAAGCCAUUUUAAGAAGGCUGGAGGGGCACAGAGGGACAGCUUUAUCAUUCAUCCUGAAUUUGUUUCGGAAUCAUUCCCCCAUCCACCGUGUUGGUAGUAGAGAGUUGAGACAGGCUGCCAUUAAAAUUGCCGCUGGUGACUAA